CUACGUAGCUAGCUACUUAUCAUUUCGCCCGCGAAUACACUCUUUGCUUCGCACACGUUGAAUUUAUCUCUUCAACUUCCUAUGUCAGUAUCAACAAGUCGUCAUGGAUUCUCGUAUGUACCGCGGGCUCGCCAAUGGGUAUGAAAGUACAGCAUCAGCGCCAUCUCUGCGCGCAGCUGAACCAUCUUAUUCUUACGGUAUGAGCUCACCCACUUCCGAAGACAGUGCAAAUGUCAAAGUCGUGGUACGAGUACGAAAGUUUCUCAAGCGAGAAACGGACCGUAACGCCAAAUGCCUAGUCGAGAUGGACGCCAAUGGCAAACAGACAACACUCAAAGCACCACUUGAAGGCGACCCCGCCUAUCCAAAGACGAGCAAAGGCAAAGUCUAUGAAGAUAGAUCGUUCAACUUCGACCAUUCAUAUUGGUCACAUAACGAAGAAGAUCCGCAUUUCGCAAGCCAAGAAGCUGUUUACAAAUCUUUCGCAGAGGAGUUCCUCGACCACAACUUUGAUGGAUACCAUACCUGUAUAUUUGCGUAUGGUCAAACCGGAUCUGGCAAGAGUUAUACCAUGAUGGGUACUGCAGAGCAGCCGGGUCUGAUUCCGCGCACCUGCGAAGAAUUGUUCUUCAGAAUCGAGAACGAACCGUCUCCGAAUACCAAUUACCAUGUUCACGUUUCGUACUUUGAGGUGUACAAUGAGCAUGUUCGCGACCUUCUGGUCCCUCGAUCCAGCCCAGAUCUUUUUCUCAAGAUCCGCGAUUCCAAGUCGGACGGGGUCUUCGUGCAGGGCUUGACUGAGACUGCGAUCAAAAGCUAUGCUGAUGUGGAACGCCUUUUGAGAGAGGGUGACACUAAUCGUACCACCGCUCAAACCAAAAUGAAUGACACCUCCUCGCGCUCACAUGCCGUGUUCACUAUUCAACUCAAGCAGAUCACACAUUCUCUUCUUUCAGACGAAACCGUGGAACGUACUGCACGCAUGCGUCUUGUCGAUCUCGCAGGGUCUGAACGCGCAAAAUCGACCGAGGCGACGGGAGCACGGUUGAAGGAAGGGGGUCAGAUCAACAAGUCUUUAAGUACUCUUGGUCGUGUGAUUGCUGCACUCGCAGAAGCUGGUCAGAAGAUGGGUCGCAGAACAAAAGAGAGGGUGCCGUACAGAGACUCGGUUCUUACUUGGCUUCUCAAGGAUUCCCUCGGCGGUAACAGUAAAACUGCUAUGGUCGCCUGUAUUGCACCAUCAGACUACGAAGAAACGCUGUCCACCCUCCGUUACGCUGAUCAGGCGAAACGUAUCCGUACGCGUGCGACUGUCAAUGAAGACUCGCUCUCAGCCGCAGAGCGCGAUGCUCAAAUUAAACAAAUGGCAAAGGAAAUCGAACUUCUCCAACGCAGUGCCAUGGCUGCCAGUACACGCAAACGCGAAGAGGCAGAUGAGCUUGAGGAGUACCAGCGCCAGGUCGCACAGAUGAACCGCCUUAUGGAAGAGAGCCGCAGCGUAUCCGAAGCCAAGAUCAAGGCCCUCCAAGCGGAAGUCGAAGAGCUUCGUCCGCUCAAUGCAACCCUACAGAUGGAAAUGGACGCUAUCAAGCGCCAUCUCCGUCUCGCCACCGAGGAGAUCAAAAAUCCGAUCAAGAUCCCCUCUGCCGCCGAGCUCGAAGCUAUCGCCAAUGGUGUUCCUCUCGAUAAGAGUGGUCCUGGCUUCAACAUUGCCGAAGACGCUCACAGCGAAGAAGGUUAUGGUUCUGCUGAGGAGCAGUAUGAUGAUACAGAGGAGAUUGGUGCUAAACUUGCAGCUUUGUUGCAGGAGCAGGCAGAGGAGUUCUUGAAGGAGGUGGGUCACUUCAGACGCAAGAUCAACGACGACCACCAGCGUUUCGGCAUCUCCAUGGUUGCAGAGGACGAGUACUGAAGUGUCGAAUUUGGUGGUGCAUUCAACGGUACGGUCACUGGGUUUCGAUAGCAUGUUUGGCGCCGUGGCGAAUCAGAACUUGGGCAGUAUGGCAUCAUGGCUUCAAAGAUGAAUUUUAGCAGGCGCAUAGCGACUAGGUCUAUCACAGCUUGCAUAGCAAAUCCAGCAAUCCAUGACUUGGAUACUAUUAGCGGACCUCGCAUUACAAGCGGCACCGCUUUUCGCCUGCAUUAGCCUAAAAGGCUCGUAUAGUCUUUAUACAGUAGCUCACAAAAUGAAAACAAUAUGCUCAUUAGCUUGAGUCCUAGUUGUGCAUAAAUGAUAGGUUCUGUAUGAGUGAGCGAACAAAUGACUAUAUGCCGCCGUAUAUAGCUGACAGGAAAUUGCCAAUCAGACGUGGAGACCGGCAAGAUCUUUCUUUUCGUCCUAACAACAGACUACAUAUCUUAUGCUUCUCGUACUCUGGGGCAGUGAAGAGGCAAGAAAGCAGGUGGCUGG